CCCUCAUCAUCACAGCGCGGCGCUGGACUCAAAUGUGCUGAUAUUAUAGACUCGUUAUUGAUAUUCUUCCCGGAAAAUCAUGAAACAAUCACAAAACAUCUUUUUGAUCUGAUUGCAUCAGACAAAACUAGCAACGAGCUGCAAGGAGAGUUGAUCGAUCUUCUUGGAUUUGAACAGUUUGAGAUGGUAGGGCAGAUAUUGGAAGCCCGUUAUCAGCUAGCAGAUGAGAUGAAGGCGGCGAAAGAAAAGGCGAACACGUUGUCGAAAUACGCUCCUGAGAAGGUCAGUCGUGUUGCUAUAAUCUUACUCUUAGUCGUGUUGCUAUAA